AGCGAAAACAUCGUCCAUUGACAUUCGCCGGCAAACUUCCUACAACACGUCUGCUCGUGAUUUUCUAGCUAUUCAUGCUUUACCUGCACAGUAAGGACAGCAGUAAUCAUUGUCAAAAGGAGAGUGACGGAAAACCAUGUCGCCUCCUCGACUCACAGGAGCUCUUCGCUCUUUCUCCAACGUCAGCAGGAAGGAGGAUCUUUCUGAGCAGCUCUUUGAUUUAAAGGAUAAGCGUCUGAAGAAACAGCUACUGUUUGCCAAAGAAGGCCUAAGUUGGCAGAAGAUUUCCCGGUUCUGCACAGAGCAUCAGGACAAAUCCAAAGUGCAAGCUGCCAGGCAAGAACUGAAAAAUCUCCUUCAUGCUGCCAGCCUGGUCGUAGGAGCUGGACACGACCAAGAAGCUGUGGAAAGUGCCGCUGUCUUCCUGUUUGAGACCUUCCAUAACAAAGACCAUGUGGGCACAGAGGAGACUCGGGCCAUCAAGCAGAUGUUUGGUCCUUUUCCAUCUUCUGCGGCUGAGACCUCCUGUGCUUGUGUAGCUCGCCUGGUGGCUCCUUUCCCUGAAUCCAGAGUCCAGGACUUCAUCAGGAACCAAAACCGGUGUCUCCGUCACCAGCGCACUACUUUUGGACACAAUAUUACCUUCUCAUACGAUUGUUACACCCUUGAACCGUUGGUGGAACUACCCAGCUCUGGUCUACAUCAUGACGCUUUGAGAGGAGACUUACUAAACUUUUUCAGCAACCAGCACAGUUGGAAGAAGGAUUCUGAUGGAGAAUCCUCAGAGAAAUCUUCAAUCUCUGAAGAUGCAUCAGUCCUUCGUAGUGAAGUGGAAAAGUAUUUAAAAAGAGGCAACAUGAUCUCAUCCAGUCUGGAGGAGCUUUGCUCCUCCCUUUUUGAAAUGCUGACUUCCCCGAGGAGUGAUGACGAGCUGCAGAAUGAGCUGUUUGAACUGUUGGGGCCUGACGGCCUGGAGACAAUAUCCGCCCUUCUGAAGUACCGCACUUCUAUUGUUAACUCUCUGCGCUCCAGCAUGUAUGACAGAACUGCCCUACCACCAGAUGUUUGUCGAAACCUAAGUGGGGAAGGGACCAAGCCAGCAUAUGGCUGCCAGGUAACCAUUCUGUCAGAAAAGGAGAAACAGAUGUUGAAGAUGUACAGACGAGAAGAAAAGAAAGAGAAGAAGAGAAGCAGAGGAACAGAUGACGCCGACUCCUCAGAUGUGCUUACCUUAGAGCCCAGAGAGAUGAGGGCCCAGCGAGAACAAGCACUUCUGACGGCUCGUACUGAACCUCUUCUGACCAGGGACAGGGUCUAUGAGCGAAUCAGAUAUCCCAAUGUCUACGACUGCUAUGCAGAAGCUACAAAGGCCCCUGCUUUUGUUGGGGGAGCCAGGUUGCUGCUGCCUGAAGGAAUUCGCAGAGAAAACAACAAGAUGUGUGAGGAGGUGGAGAUCCCUCCCAAUGACCCCAUGCCUGUUGGCUUUGAGGAGAAACCUGUCUACAUAUCUGAACUUGAUGAGAUUGGACAGUUGGUGUUCAAGGGAAUGAAACGUCUGAACAGAAUCCAGUCCAUUGUGUUUGAAACUGCCUACAACACCAACGAAAACCUUCUAAUCUGUGCUCCAACUGGGGCGGGUAAGACCAACAUCGCCAUGUUGACUGUCCUACAUGAGAUCCGCCAGCAUCUGCAACCUGGUGGGGUCAUCAAGAAGGAUGAAUUUAAGAUAGUGUAUGUGGCUCCAAUGAAGGCCCUGGCAGCCGAGAUGACAAACUACUUCAGCAAGCGUCUGGAGCCUCUGGGCAUCACUGUUAAAGAGCUGACUGGAGACAUGCAGCUGACUAAAGGAGAGAUCCUGAGAACACAGAUGUUGGUGACGACUCCAGAGAAGUGGGACGUUGUAACAAGGAAAAGUGUGGGAGAUGUGUCUCUCUCCCAGAUUGUCCGUCUCCUGAUUUUGGAUGAAGUUCACCUUCUACAUGAAGAUCGAGGACCAGUGCUCGAGAGCCUGGUAGCUAGGACAAUCCGACAGGUGGAGUCCACUCAGAGCAUGAUCAGGAUCCUUGGCCUGUCUGCUACACUGCCUAACUAUCUGGAUGUGGCCACUUUUCUGCACGUCAACCCCUACAUUGGCCUCUUUUUCUUUGACGGCCGGUUCAGACCGGUACCGCUUGGACAAACCUUUGUCGGCAUCAAAACUACAAACAAGAUCCAGCAGAUUCACGACAUAGAAGAGGUCUGCUACAACAAGGUGCUGGAGCAGGUGAAAGCAGGUCAUCAGGUGAUGGUGUUUGUGCAUGCGCGAAACGCCACAGUGAGGACUGCCAUGGCGCUGAUCGAGAUGGCCAAGAACCAUGGAGAAAUAUGCUUCUUUCAAACAGACCAGGGCUCAGACUACGGCCAGUGUGAGAAACAGGUCCAGCGCUCCAGGAACAAGCAGAUGAAGGAGAUGUUCCCAGAAGGCUUUGGGAUCCAUCAUGCUGGGAUGUUGCGGUCUGACCGCAGUCUGAUGGAGAGCCUGUUUUCCAAAGGUUACCUGAAGGUGCUGGUCUGCACAGCCACCCUGGCCUGGGGCGUGAACCUGCCGGCACAUGCCGUCAUUAUUAAGGGAACUCAAAUCUACGAUGCGAAGCGUGGUGCUUUCGUGGACCUGGGCAUCCUGGAUGUCAUGCAGAUUUUCGGCCGUGCGGGUCGGCCGCAGUUCGACAAGUUUGGCGAGGGAACCAUCAUCACCACACAUGACAAACUGAGUCACUACCUGACCCUGCUGACCCAGCAGAAUCCCAUUGAGAGCCAGUACCUGAGCAGCCUGGCUGACAACCUCAACGCAGAGAUUGCUCUGGGAACUGUCACCAACGUGGAAGAGGCUGUGAAGUGGCUCAGUUACACUUACCUGUAUGUUCGAAUGAGAGCGAACCCGCUGGCUUACGGCAUCAACCACAAGGCGAUUCAGAUGGAUCCGACUCUGGAGCUGUUCAGGACAGAGCUAGUGGUGGAGUCCGGCAGGAGACUGGAUAAGGCCCACAUGAUCCGCUUCGAAGAGCGAACCGGCUACUUCGCCUCCACUGACCUGGGCCGCACUGCCAGUCAUUUCUACAUCAGAUACAACACUAUAGAGACUUUCAAUGAGCUGUUCAGCUCUCAAAACACAGAAGCUGACAUUCUCAACAUCGUGUCCAAGGCAGAGGAGUUUGAGCAGCUCAAGGUGCGGGAGGAGGAGCUGGAGGAGCUGGAUCAGAUGCAAGUUAACUUCUGCGAGCUUCUGGCUGCAGGCGGGGUGGAAAACAGCUACGGCAAAGUGAACAUUUUACUGCAGACGUACAUCAGCCGAGGAGAUGUGGACAGCUUCUCUCUCAUCUCAGACCUGUCCUAUGUGGCUCAGAAUGCUGCUCGGAUCAUGAGGGCUCUGUUUGAGAUCGCUUUGAGGAAGAGGUGGCCUGCUAUGACCUACCGACUGCUCACCCUCUGCAAAGUGAUUGACAAGCGGCUCUGGGGAUUUGCCCACCCUCUCCGCCAAUUCCCCAACCUAAGCCACAUAGUGCUAAACCGCUUGGAGGAGAAGAAGCUCACUGUGGACAAGCUGAAGGAGAUGAGGAAGGAUGAAAUUGGUCACAUGCUCCACCAUGUAAACAUUGGCUUAACGGUCAAACAGUGCGUGCAUCAGAUUCCUUCCAUCCUGAUGGAGGCUAGCAUCCAGCCAAUCACACGCACCGUUCUACGAGUUCGUCUGAUGGUCACGCCCGACUUUCGCUGGAAUGACCAGGUGCACGGGUCAGUGGGAGAGCCGUGGUGGUUGUGGGUGGAAGACCCCAUCAAUGAUCACAUCUACCAUUCUGAGUACUUUCUUCUCCAGAAGAAGCAGGUGGUCUCCAAAGAGCCUCAGCAUGUUGUGUUCACCAUUCCCAUUUUUGAGCCGCUGCCCUCGCAGUACUACAUCAGGGCAGUGUCUGAUCGCUGGCUGGGGGCUGAGGCUGUCUGCAUCAUCAACUUCCAGAACCUCGUUUUACCUGAGAGACACCCCCCCCACACAGAGCUGCUGGACCUGCAGCCUUUACCGGUUAUUGCACUGAGGAACCCAGAGUAUGAGAGCCUGUACAAGUUCACUCACUUCAACCCCAUCCAGACCCAGAUCUUCCACACCCUGUACCACACGGACACGAACGUCCUGCUGGGAGCCCCUACCGGCUCUGGGAAGACCAUCGCUGCAGAAAUGGCCAUGUUCCGGGUCUUCAACAAAUAUCCGUCCUCCAAGGUGGUGUACAUUGCACCCCUCAAAGCUCUGGUAAGGGAGAGGAUGGAAGACUGGAAGAUCAGGAUUCAGGAAAAGUUGGGCAAAAAAGUGGUAGAGUUGACCGGUGAUGUGACUCCAGACGUGAGAGCCAUCGCGCAGGCGGACCUGAUAGUCACCACGCCUGAGAAAUGGGAUGGAGUGAGCCGGAGCUGGCAGAACCGCAGUUACGUUCAGAAAGUGGCCAUUCUCAUCAUCGAUGAGAUCCACCUGCUGGGGGAGGACAGAGGUCCGGUGUUAGAGGUCAUCGUGUCCAGAACCAACUUCAUCUCCUCCCACACGUCUAAGAGCGUGCGAGUGGUGGGUCUGUCCACAGCUCUGGCCAAUGCUCGAGACCUGGCCGACUGGCUGGGUAUCAAACAGGUGGGUUUAUUUAAUUUCCGCCCGUCUGUGCGUCCCGUUCCUCUGGAAGUCCACAUCCACGGUUUUCCAGGACAACACUACUGUCCCCGCAUGGCCAGCAUGAAUAAACCCACCUUUCAAGCCAUACGCAGCCAUUCACCAGCCAAGCCUGUGCUCAUCUUCGUGUCAUCACGGAGGCAAACCCGGCUAACUGCCCUGGAUCUCAUUGCCUACCUAGCUACUGAGGACAACCCCAAGCAGUGGCUGCACCAGGAUGAGAGAGAGAUAGAAGACAUCAUCGCCACGGUGAGGGACUCCAACCUGAAGCUGACGCUGGCAUUUGGGAUUGGCCUGCACCAUGCAGGUCUUCAUGAGCGGGACAGAAAAACAGUGGAGGAGUUAUUUGUCAACUGUAAGAUCCAGGUUCUGGUAGCUACCAGUACUCUGGCAUGGGGAGUCAACUUUCCUGCUCACCUGGUGGUGGUGAAGGGCACCGAAUACUACGACGGCAAAUCCAGGCGCUACGUUGAUUACCCAAUAACUGAUGUUCUGCAAAUGAUGGGCCGGGCAGGUCGCCCUCAGUUUGACGAGCAGGGCAAAGCGGUCAUUCUGGUGCACGACAUCAAGAAGGACUUCUAUAAGAAGUUCCUGUACGAGCCGUUCCCUGUAGAGUCCAGCCUCCUCAGUGUUCUGUCAGACCAUCUGAAUGCAGAGAUUGCUGCUGGAACCAUUUCAUCCAAGCAGGACGCCAUGGACUACAUCACCUGGACUUACUUCUUCAGACGCCUGGUGAUGAACCCCAGUUAUUACAGUCUUGCAGACACCAGCCAUGAAUCCAUCAACAAAUAUCUGUCUAACCUGGUGGAACAGAGCCUUCGGGACCUGGAGAUUUCUCACUGCAUUGAGAUAAAGGAGGAUGAGCGGACGGUCGAGCCUCUGACUUACGGCCGCAUCGCUUCCUAUUACUACCUGAAGCACCAGAGCGUUGGCAUGUUCAAAGAGCGUCUGAGGGCCGAGCUGCUCAUCCCGGAGUUGCUCUCCAUCCUCACAGAUGCAGAGGAGUACGCUGAGCUGCCAGUGAGACACAACGAGGACCAGCUGAACAGCCAGCUGGCACAACAGCUCCCCCUGCAGGUCAACCCCCAUUCGUUUGACAGCGCUCAUGCAAAGACCCACCUGCUGCUGCAGGCCCACUUCAGCCGGGCCCAGCUGCCCUGCAGCGACUACAGCACAGACACCAAAACGGUGCUGGACAACGCUAUCCGGAUCUGUCAGGCCAUGCUGGAUGUUGCUGCAAAUGAAGGAUGGCUUGUUACAGCAAUAAGCAUCUGUAACCUGGUGCAGAUGGUUGUCCAGGGCCGCUGGCUGCAUGACUCGUCUUUACUGACAUUACCACAUAUUGAACAGCAGCACCUCCACCUGUUCAGGAAAUGGACAAAAAAGAACAGAAGAGGUGAGGAGGAGGGCUUCACUGGAACAAUCCAGGGACUUCCUGAAUUGAUCGCUGCUUGCAAUGGAAACGAAAGUGUUUUCACGGCCAUGGUCAGCUCAGAGAUCCACUCCAGCCAGGCUGCACAGACAUGGGCCUUCCUGAGUCACCUCCCCAUGCUGGAGGUCAGAAUGAGUGUGAAGGGCUGGUGGGAGGAGAACCAGGAACAGAUGGAGCGCCCGGUCCACAUAGUCAGCAAGAAUCUGCGUGAGGAUAGGAACUGGUUGGACAUCCAUGCUGACCAGGAAUACGUCCUACAGGUGUGCCUGCAUCGGAUAACCGUGGGCCAGCAGAAGAAAAAGCAGGACGGAAAGGCUGUGGCUCCUCGCUUUCCCAAGGUGAAGGAUGAGGGCUGGUUUCUAGUCCUGGGGGAGGUGGAUCGCAGAGAGCUGCUGGCUGUCAAACGAGUUGGUUAUGUGCGCAGUCGAACUGUUGCAUCUGUGGCCUUUUACACACCAGAGAAGCCUGGAAGGUACAUCUACACGCUUUAUGUGAUGAGUGACAGCUACCUGGGCCUGGACCAACAGUACGACCUGCACCUGAAUGUUACACCUGCCAGCAUCGCAGCUCAGGUCAAUACAGAGGUGUUGGACUGAGCAACCUCUUCGUUUCAGCACAGGGGACCACCCAAAAGGGGUGUUUUGCUGUCCUUGAUUGUGUUUGUGUGAUCACCUGAGUGUCCUAAUCAAGCCAGUUGAUCGUUUUUCUUUGAAUCAGCUUGCUGGAAGGGGCUCCAACAAUCAUGAAAAGUCUGUAAAAUAAAGCACAGGGAGUGGAAUGAGAUGCCUUCAGUGAGUAUUAUGAUUGUAAAGGCAGAGUCUGUCUGUGAUCUGAAGACAAGAACAUUCAGGUAGGGGGUGCAUAAACUGCAUGGACUUCUGGGUCCCAGACCAAACCCAACCCAGCACUGAGGUGGUCUUGGUCUGUAGUUGUACUGCAGCUCCUGAUAAGAAUGUUCGUUCUCAGUGGACCUUCUCUGUAAAAUAACUAUUAAAAAUGAUAUCUUCUUACAUCUGUUGACAAAAAUCUGA